UCAAAAUACUUUUGAAAAAGUUGUUACGAAUUACAAACAAUCUUGAAUAUUUUGUAUUGAUGAUAAUUAUUUGUAAAUAAAGCUAAGCCAUAAUUUAACUGUGAAGUACGACAAUGGACCAGUCUUAUUCAGAUGGCGACGUUUCCUUAUCUCCUUCUCAAAUUUUGGAACGGUUACAAAUGUUGCGACAAUGGCAAUUAUUACAACGCGGGAAACUACAAAAACAACAGUUACAGUAUCAUGAAACAUCUGAAAUUACUUCCAGCAUUACGGAACUAGUAAGUCACUUUAGUAAUAGCACCAGUUAUAAUACCUUUCGAACUUUGUUACAAUCUUCGCAAGAUGCUGACGAUAUGUCUACUCAAUUACGAACGAGCAAUAUAUCAAGAAAGAUUAACUUGCAAAACGUUAUGGAUGGUAUAUCUGUAUUAAAUUUGUCUGGAGAGUCUGAAUGUACAACAAACUCGCCUAUUACUUCAAAAGAGAAUACAGCAUCAGAUGCACAAGAUGAUAGAAAGCAACAAUCGGGGCACCUUUCUGAACCUCAUUCAAUUUCCAAAAAACAAAUAUCCUUAGAUGACAUACCUAUACUUUCUCCUAAAAAAGACUUUGAGGUUCUAAUUUCAGAAAAACUUAUGCAUGAAAUGAGCACAAAGGCUAACCUUAAUCCUAAAAAGACACAAAGUAAACCAUUUCUUAAAAGGGGGCAGGGAACAGCUAGAUUUGGUUUAAAAAAGAAUGAUUUUAAAAUACAAAAUACAAGAUCUUUACCAUGGAGAAAAAAAAAUCUGGUUGAAAAUCGGAGCGUAAGCAAUAAAAUUAUAGAAUCAAAGGAUACUACACAUAAUACUAAUGUGCCAAUACAAAUAGUAGUUGAUAAGCCAAAAAUAGUUUCUCCUUUGAAGAUUAAUAGUCUUCCACUUUUAAAAAAACCAGAUGUAAGAAUAAGCUUUUCAGACACAAAUGGCAGUAUUAAGCAGAAAGCUACGAACAAUAACCAAAUUGACAAUAUUUCUAACAAAACAAGUGCCAACAUAGUGCCUGAGAAUAAUUUAGACCCAAUUAUUAAGUAUCCUAAAGGUAAACAUCCAUUAACUUCUAAUAAAGAAAAAACUUGGGCAGCUAUGUUUACCAAAGAACAAGAUGAUUUCUUAAAGAAGUUAAAGCAAAGUGCUUAUUACAAAAAUUUUGCAUCACCUGCUAAAAGUACAGUUUCUGAUAUUAGUUGUGAUGAGCAACUAUCAAGCAUGAGUCAAAAGAGAGAAGAGACUGAACAAAAUAUGUUUGAAUUUAUUGAAAACAAAGUAGCUCAUGAGAGUUUUGCUAUAGAUAACUCAUUCUUUAGUCGUUUUUUAAGAAAAGGUGAAUUAGAAUGUUCUGGGGAAAGUACACCACUAGUUUUGCAGAAAUGCUUAACAAGAAAUCCUAAUUUAAUGCAUAUCCUACCUGACAUAAUGCAAGGGAAGCAAAAUGAUGAAACAUGCAGUGAUGCAGGAACUUGUGAUAGUGAUUACACUGAAUGCAGUGAAGACUGUUCCACCAGUUGUUGUUCAUGCAAAACUGUUACUCAAAGUCAGUUAAUUUCACCUUGCAAUCAAAAAGAUGCAAGUAAAGAAAAAAAUUCUAAUAAAAUAAUUCAUAUGUCCAAAAAGGUUAUUGAUGAUAAAAAAGAUAUACAAUGUCACAAUGACAGUGCAGCAGCUGCAAAUGAAGCAAUGAACUCUAACAUAGUAGAAAUGAAUUCUAAAUUAAUAGCAACUAGUGAACUACUUAAAGAUAGACUUAGAGAAUUGGAAGAUGAAAUAGAAACUUUUAGGAAAGAAAAUUCGAUUUUGAGCAAAAUGCGUGAAGAAAUCGACCUUGAGCGUCAAAAGUUUUAUGAAGAGAAAACUUCCUUUGAACAAAAGUUUAAUGAAGAAAAAAUUUUAUCUGAAUAUUACCUAGCAGAAGAAAAGGAAAAACUUGGUAAACAAAAACAGAUGUAUGAGAGGUAUGUUAGGGAAAUGAGGGGUCGGCUUAGUAAAAAAGAUAAAGAUGAAGUAGUUAAUUUAAAAAAAGAAAUACAUGAUCUAAAAGAAGAAAUCAAGAUAAAAGAUGCAAAGUCAACAUCUACAAUUGCGCGUCUUCGUAAUCAAAUUAAAAUAAUGGAAAAAGAUAAAAAAAAAAUUGAAGAUGAAGUAGAUAAAUUGAAAAAAGAAAAUAGACGUAUUCAGCACAGUAAUGAAAUGACACGAAGAUUAACAAACCUUAAAUAUCUAGAGCAGAUUAACAAAAAGCUUUCUAAUAUGGCUACAAAAGACACUGAAUCAGAAGUCAAAUUGGAUUCAGAUAUUAAAUAUCGCUCCUAUGAAAUUGAACGACAAAGUAGAGCUAGGAAAAUUCAAACUAUUUCAAAAGCUGCACCUAAAAAGAGAGCAAAGAGUGUGCCUAAUUUAAAAGUUACUUCACGCUAUGCCAAAUAUUUUAGUCAAAAAGAUUCAUUAAGUGAUAAAGACAAAAAUAAAACUACAAAUGAUGAGGGACUUCAAACAUUUCCAUGCUCCUAUGAAGAUGACGAAGCAAGUAGCGAUCAUGAUUUAAACUUGGAUAUGUCCAAUAUAAAUGGAAGUAAUUCAGAUGGUGAAGAGGAGAACAAUUUGGAAAAAAUAUAUAAUGAAAGAUUUAAAUCACCUUCCCCAAACAGUAAAAGGGCUAGCACUUCAAAUUCUAAUUACAGUCCAGCAUUUUCAAAUAGUAAGCCUACGGGAAGCUGUGAUGAUUUUUUUAUUACAAAAUCUGCAAGAAAUCAAAAUACUUCACCCUCACAUGAUCAGACAUCUUAUUAUUUAAGUUCAAGUACAUCUAACUCAUCAAAUUUGUGUAAAAGUUUGUCAAAUGAUCAUCAUCAUCAAAUGCAAAACACUUUGAAACAUUGUUCACAAUCAGGCUCAAAUCAAAGAACUAAAUCACCUGUUACAAUUCUUAGCAAUUAUUCAUCUUCUAGUCAGAAAUUUGGAACAGUUAUAAAUAAAGAAAUAUUGUCUGAUGCCAGAAUGAUUCCAAGUCCUGAACCAACAAGUAAGGCUAGCUCAACAAGGACAAAUUUAAAUCCCAUAGAAAUAAGGAAGCCAGAUGGUACAAAAGAAUUAAAAUUUCCAAAUGGUAAUAUAAAGUCAAUUUCAGCAGAUGGCAAGUACAGUAAGUUUAUAUAUUAUAAUGGUGACAUAAAAGAGAACUUUUACAAUGAAGGCAGGAUUAAGUAUUAUUAUGCUGAAACAAAAACAUUCCAUACAACACAUCCUGAUGGAUUAGAAGUUUUAGAGUUUCCAGAUGGCCAAGUAGAAAAACGUUACAAAGAUGGUUCAUCAGAAAUAAGAUUGCCCAAUGGCAGCAUGCGGUACUUUGAUCCAAAGAAUGACCAUAUACGUGAAGAAUGGAGAUUUCCUGAUGGUGCAGCGUUAACUGUCUCAGCAAGUGGAGAGCAAAGAAUAGUUUUUCCAAAUGGGCAAAUUGAAGUUCAUGCAAAAGACCAUAAGCGACGUGAAUUCCCUGACGGUACAAUCAAACUGGUCUACAAUGAUGGAACAUCAGAAACGCGAUAUGCAUCUGGCCGUGUUAGGAUUAAAGAUAAACAUGGAAAUCUUAUUUUGGAUUCUUCUGCUUCUUGAUGACCAAUUUGUAUGAUAGACUAAGACUGCAACGACGAUAAAAUUUUCGCGCGGCCGCUUGACUGCCGCUUUCACGCAUUUGUGUGAUAUGAAUAUUGUUUUCUACGCUACAUUCAAAUUUCUCGUACCGUUUAAGCCAUGCAGCGACAAUGCGGACAAUGAGCGUACGCCGUGCGACUUUCGCGCGUUUGUAUGAUUCCAAGAAAUGUUUUUUGGACAAUAGAAUUCAUAUUAAUUGUCAUCAUCGUAUUCUAAGAGUCAUAUGGCAGUCAAACGAUGUUCUGUGCAUUAUAAAUCAUUAUUACUGUUUAGAGUGCAUUUAUUCAAAUUUGCACUUUUUCCAAUCACGUUUGCAAUUGGACUGUGAUUAACUUGUAAAUAAUAUAAAAACUGUGAUUUAUGUGCCUUAAAAGAUGAAUUGUUAUAAUACUUUAGAUGUAUAUUUUGUGUAAGAUAUUGUAGGAAUUAAAUUUAAACUGUUGUGUAUUGA